AAUGUACAUCAAGAUCAAAUUAUUUCUAAAUAAAAAUGGGAAAGGGACACCAAGGCAAGUGCUUUGGAUUCCUCCUCUUACUAUGCUUCUUCAGUUCAACUUUCGCACGCAGGAUUCUUAAGGAUCUAGACCAUGUAGUGAAGCCUGGGAAGGUUAGUUUGAGGGAACAAGAUCAUGGCUUGUUCAGUCUAGAACCUGACCACAAAGUCAAGCCUGGUCAUAAGCUGCAGUCCGCGUGGUGGGGUGAGCCAGAAGAGCCUGAGGACAAGGUCAAGCCUGAUCAUAAACUGCAAUCCAUGUGGCGUGAGCUAGAAGAACCUGAUCCUGAAAAAAAGCAUGCUCAUAAAGUAAUGCCUGAUUACAAAGAGAAGCUUAAUGAUGGUGGUAAAGAGAAGAUUGAUGACAUAGAGAGGCCUGAUCAUAAAGUAAAGCCUAAUUACAAUGAGAAGCUUAAUGAUGCUGACAAAGAGAAGAUUGAUGGCAUAGAGAAGCCUGAUCAUGAAGUAAAGCCUAAUUACAAAGAGAAGCUUAAUGAUGGUGGGAAAGAGAAGAUUGAUGACAUAGGGAAGCCUGAUCAUAUAGUAAAGCCUAAUUACAAAGAGAAGCUUAAUGCUGACAAAGAGAAGAUUGAUGACAUAGAGAAGCCUGAUCAUAUAGUAAAGCCUAAUUACAAAGAGAGGCUUAAUGAUGGUGGCAAAGAGAAGAUUGAUGACAUAGAGAAGCCUGAUCAUGAAGUAAAGCCUGAUUACAAAGAGAAGCUUAAAGACAAAGAGAAGAUUGAUGGCAUAGAGAAGCCUGAUCACACAGUUAAGCCUAUGGGAUAUGGCUAUGGCGUUGGUUAUGGCAGUGGAGGCAGCGGCUUCGGAGAAGGAAUAGGCUCUAGUGGUGGCAGUGGCUUUGGAGAAGGGAUAGGCUCUAGUGGAGGCAGUGGCUUCGGAGAAGGGAUUGGCUCUAGUGGUGGCAGUGGCUUCGGAGAAGGAAUAGGCUCAAGUGGAGGCAGUGGUUUUGGAGAAGGAAUAGGCUAUGGUGAUGGUUCAGGUGUUGGCAUUGGAGAAGGAAGAGGAUCAGGGUAUGGCCAACCCAAUUGCGGUCCUGUCAGGGGAGCCCCAGGUACCGGAUUCGGUGAAGGCAUUGGACGAGGUAGUGGUUCAGGGGAAGGGAUUGGUAUCGGUAGAGGAGGAAGUGGCUCUACUGGUGUACCCAGUGUAGUUGUCCCUCCCAUAACUGUACCAGGCACAACAAUCCCUCCCAUAACUGUGCCAGGCACCCACAUUCCCGGUUUUACCAUUCCGGGAGUGACGGUUCCUGGCUUUGGUACUGGUGGAGGAUGCCAAACCGGUGGGUGCACCCCAAGCGUGCCAUACUACCAUCCACCUAUAUACCAACCACCAAACUGUCCCCAUUGUCCUCCUUUCGUUUCAGGACUAGAUAAAGGGACCAUGACCGAAGCUCUUGCACCCAUGUCAAAUGAGAUGCACAACUAAACUUUGUGUCCAUGGAGAACACAAAGUCUGACAAUGAGAUUAAAGUAUAUUUUGGUUUGGUAAAAGCUUCACGUUAAGUUGAAUAAUCCAACUUUAUCCCAAAUAAAGUUCUGAAUAAGUGAAAUGUGGCGAAGAAAUAGUAUUGUGUAAAGAAGCAGGCAACAGAAACUGUAUUUUGCAUUUUCAUGGAUGUAUCUUUGACAAUGAGUUUUUAAUAGGCCCAAGCUUGUAUUAUAGUGUGUUAUUUCCUUAAUUUUAAGAUAAAGAGUGAUUAUGGUGGUGGGUUUAAUAGAA